UACAAACAUAACAAAAAUAGGUCUGGUGCACAUUUAUACUACCGGAAAGUAUUCAUGAGUUGUGUGCUACCUUCGACUCGACCCAAAAGACUUUCUCCUCAGACAGCGAGGUACGGAGUACCACAGCCAAACGUAGACCAGCAAAUGGGAGGCUUUCUAGAUAAGCCCAUUACGGAAAAACAUGUCAAUAUUGGCUGUGGCAAUGGUAUCCGAUACUGUGUAAGCUCGAUGCAGGGCUGGCGACUGGAGAUGGAGGACUCACAUACUACCAACUGCCGCCUUCCUAAGCCCUACGAAGACUGGAGCUUUUUCGCUGUCUACGACGGCCAUGCGGGCCAUCGCGUAGCUUCACACUGCUCAACAAAAAUGCUCGAUGCUAUAUUGAGCACUGAAGCGUUUACCAAAGGUCAGUACGCCGCAGGAAUACGUGCGGCCUUUCUUAAAAUUGAUGAAGAUAUGCGAUUGCUUCCACUGGAAAAACCUGGUGGUAGCACCGCUGUAUGCGUCUUUGUCACGCCACAACAAUAUAUCUUUGCAAAUUGCGGCGAUUCGCGCGCUGUUCUUUCGCGCCGUGGAUUGGCUGUGUUCAGUACUCGUGACCACAAACCAACUCUACCAUUAGAGCGCGCACGUAUACAGAAAGCUGGUGGUAGUGUUAUAAUUCAUCGCGUUAAUGGCACGUUAGCCGUUUCACGUGCCUUAGGUGACUUUGACUUUAAAAGUGAUGCCUUGCGAACCCCUUGUGAUCAGCUGGUCUCACCGGAACCAGAUGUGACAACACGGGAACGCAUUGAGAAAGAUGAAUUUCUGGUUGUUGCUUGCGACGGUAUCUGGGAUGUGAUGACUAGUGACGAAGUCUGUGCCUUUAUUCACUGGCGCAUGCGCGUGACGGACAACCUUCCACUUAUCGUAAACAGCAUCCUAGAUGUGUGUCUCUAUAAAGGCAGCCGCGAUAACAUGAGUCUUCUGCUGGUUAUCUUGCCUGGUGCGCCGGGGGUGUGCGCAGAUGCAGUUUUACAGGACAGACUUCUCGAUGAAGCUGUAGCAGAGAAGACGCGGCAGGUUAUACACGAUAAUAACAUUGUCGACUUUGACGAUCUAUUGCGCGCAAUGAAUGGUGUUGAUAUCAUAAUUUCUAACUUACCGCCAGGCGGUGGUAUAUAUGCAAAAUAUCACAUAAUCGAACGCGUUUUCCGCGAGAUGUUUCCGAACAAGACUGCGGACUUUUUCGAGUUCAGCCAUAUAACGGGUCUUUAAGACUGGAUGACACUGAAGCUCUUUAAAUUUAAAAAUAGCUUAAUAGGCUUACAUGGUAAAAAGACUAAACCUGUGCGCGGUAUAUUUAUUUCCAUAUACUUUAUCUUUCAAAUUCGCAGCGGGUGUAUUAACUGAUUAUUUGGCUACGAAAUAAAAUUAUGACUGUGA